GACCUUGCAGCAUCUGCUGUGUGACUUUAAACAGGAAAGAUUAUUCUACUCAGAGACUAACACCCCGAGGAAGAGGCUUUUUCAGAGGGAGAAGAAGAAGACAGGGGAAAGAGAAGAGGGAGGAAACUAUGGGAUGAGGAAGAGGAGGGAAUAGCUGCUCUACAUAAAGGAGGACUGCGUGACACGAGAAAGAAUCUGUUCUUCCUGAAAGUAUUAAGGGAGGCAAUCUUGAGCUGUGGCAACCCUCUCAGAAAACUGCAACUUGACGAAGGAGGCAGGUGCAGAAACUAAAACUGCUUGUGUGAAAGAGUUUGUUUGUUGUUGCUGCUGAUAGUUGUAUCUGAGUGAGCAUGCAGGUGUUGGAGAAGAAGUUGUCGGUGCGACGCUGCCUCACCUUCGUUACGGGCCUGGUGGAGUGUCUGUGCUUCGCCGGGGUCGUGUUCGGAUGGGCUUCUCUUGUUUUUGUCCUCAAGGAGGACGGCUACUUCAGCUCUCUGUGCUUUAACACAACAGGAGUCAAUGACACUCAGAAAUUAGACUGCAGUGCACAAGAUGAGCAGUUUUCACUUAUUUUCACCAUCACCUCUUUUAUAAACAACUUUUUCGCGCUGCCCAACGGCUUCCUUUUUGAUCACUUUGGUACCACAGUGGCUCGACUCUUGGCAAUAUUUCUUUACACCACUGGCUCCCUGAUGGUGGCGCUCUCUUCGCCGGCUCUGUCUUUCCUGCUCUUCCUAGCUCUCCCCCUUUUGGCUAUCGGAGGCAUUUUAUUUCUGAUCACAAACAUGCAGACAGACCACCAGUCGCCUCAGGAGGAAUUGAUGCUUAGUGAAAGAUGGCAUUGUGUGUCGUCUCCUAAUCGUAUCCCUAAGUUCAACUCUUCAAAAUGCAGUUCAGUUUCCUUUGAGUUCAAGUUUUAUCAUGUACAAAAGCUUCAAUAUGAUAUUGAUCUGUUUUGCCUCCUGAAGAUUGGAAACCUGUUUGACUCACGUCGCUCUACCAUAAUCAAUCUUUAUAAUGGAGCUUUUGAUUCUUCCUCAGCACUCUUCCUCAUCAUUAAGUUGUUACAUGAGUCUGGCGUCUCUCUCCGCACUUCCUUCCUCUUUCUGUCGGCCUGCAGCGUCGUCCACAUCCUCAGGACGUUCUUCCUGCUGCCCAGAACCUUCAUUCCUCACCCACUGCCUGAUCGCUACGCGUACGGGGUUUCUUGUGGUCCAUUAGAGACUAUGAGCAGUGAGGUGACUGCAAACAGCUGUGCACUUACAGGAGCAGAGGACACACCGUUUACAAAGGACGUCCCUCUAAAACAAGAGAAGACUUUCCGAGAGUGUUUGCUGUCCAGGUUCUUUGUGGGCCACCUGCUCUGGCUGUCGGUGAUGCAGCUCAGGCACUUCCUGUUCAUCGGGACCCUCAACCCCAUGCUGCUCAGGCUGACAGACGGAGAUUCCUCUCUGGUGAGCCAGUACACCAACGCCUUUGCUUUCACCCAGCUGUGCGCUGUGCUGUGCGCUCCCUGGAACGGCCUCAUCAUGGACAGACACAGGGGAAAACCUCGGGCUGCAGGUGCUGAACCGCUCCUUCCUCUACGGCGGCAACGCAGCCUUCAUCAGCGUGGCGUUUCCAUCUUGCCACUUUGGGAAGCUGUACGGUCUGGUCAUGGUUCUGUCUGCAGUGUUUUCUCUGCUGCAGUAUCCCUGCUUUGCUCUGGUGAAAGGACCUCUGGGUGGAGAUCCUUUAUACGUGAACGUCGGCCUGACGCUGCUCAGCGUGUUUGCCUUCAUACAUCCCGUCUUCGUCUACAUGCAUUGUCGAAAUCUUGCCUCUGAGAGAGCAAAGAGCAAAGCCUCAUCUUAAAGAGUGCAAAACGAGGAUGGUGAUUUCUCUUUAAAGCUUUCCACCAUGGUGGUCGAGUAUCAUUUCUUUUUUUUUUCUUUUUUUUUCUCCGAAGAGUUUUUGCAGCGCUAGUGGCUCGUAUUUUUUCUACAGUA